AUGGCGGCGCCCGUGCUGCUGCGGGUGUCGGUGCCGCGGUGGGAGCGUGCGGCCCGGUCGGCCGUGUGCGCGCUGGGCAUCCUGCUGUCCCUGUACGCCUACCACGUGGAGCGACAGAAGGAGCGGGACCCCCACCACCGGGCCCUCUGCGACCUGGGGCCCUGGGUCCGCUGCUCCGCCGCCCUCGCCUCCAGAUGGGGUCGUGGAUUUGGUCUCUUGGGUUCCAUCUUCGGGAAGGACGGUGCAAUAAACCAGCCCAACAGUGUCUUCGGGCUUGUUUUUUAUAUCCUCCAGCUGCUGCUCGGCCUGACGGCAAGCGCUGUGGCGGCUCUGACCCUCAUGAUGUCCUCCAUAGUGUCAGUGGUUGGGUCCCUGUACCUGGCGUACAUCCUGUACUUUGUGCUCAAGGAAUUUUGCAUUAUCUGCGUCACCACAUAUGUACUGAACUUCAUUCUCCUCAUCAUCAACUACAAACGACUGGUUUACUUGAAUGAGGCCUGGAAGCGGCACCUCCAGCCCAAGCAGGAUUAGCACCUGCCGAACUCAAACCGUACUCCGAAAACCCUUUUUCCAUUAAGUUUAUUUCCAGCCUUUUUUAAAAAAUUCGUAUCAGACACUUUUCCUGAGAAUCUGUUGCCGAUUUUUUUUGUUUUUCAAUUCCCGUAAAUUAGAAGGGGUCCUAGCUACUUACCAUGUCGAUCUUCGAUUUCAAUGUGGAUUCAAAACAGGAAAUUUCGAGCCAAUCGAAGACGAGCUUUAACGUCAUUUUAAAGUUACUUCCGAAAUACAAAGAUGUAGUCCUUGUUUUUUCCCCAAGCUGUAAAGCGAUCAGCAAUUGCUAGCAAUUUAUCCUGUGUGUAUCGAUUCAAUUUCAGGUUUAACAGAAGAGAUGUGAUCAUGACAUGAAAUAUUUUAGCAUAACGACACUGUAUUGACCAUUGCCAUGUUUACAGUAUGUAAAACACUUUUAGCCGAUGGACUGAAAUAUGUAGAUGCAACUAGAGCCCGAGUAUGUGAUCUCGUAAAUAGAGGCAGAGCGGCCCGGCCCCCGCCCCCGGCCCGCACGGACGGUGAGUACGAGCGAGGGGCGGAGCGUACGGCAGCGAAGAGUGUCCGGUUUGGACGGCUGGGGAGCGAGCCGAAGGAGCGGGUCCGGCCAGGAGGACUCUGGGCGGGCGGCCGUCUGCAGUGGCGACCAGAGAGGAGACGGAACCCUCGUCCCCUCCCGCUCGAUCCGGGCGCCAUCCGGCCUGGAAGGACAUUGGCUGCCGGUGAGCCGGAGGGUCGACUUUCUUUGCCAAAAAUGGAAUUGCUGUAGGCAUUUUGGGUCACAUUUGGAAUGCAUUGUGGGUAAGUGUUCUGUUUGAACGGGGGCCUCGUGGCCCAACAGUGUUACGGACUGGGAUGCUAAGAGGCGGCGGAUUCAGGGUAGGUGUUGGGGUCCGGGGAGGACCCCCAGGAUGGCCCUCGGCCCUCGCCGGCCCCACAGGCCUAGAGCGCUUCUGGUCUCUGGAGGCCCCGCGGGACUGGCCCGCCCUGCGGGGUAAAGAGGGCCGGGGGCGGGAACGCCGGGAUGGUAUCGUCACUCUUUCUAAUAAUUCUUCCAAAUUCCAUCAGAGUCAUUUAACCUGGUCAUCUGAAUAAACCCAGCUGAAACAGUU